AUGAACCGCCGCCGAUCGGAAUCGGAAUCGGAAACGGAAACGGAAACACCUACCUCUCCGACGGCCAUGGGCUACCCCGUAGGCUACUCCGACGUUUGUAUCCCUAACGCCUUCCUCCAUCUCCUUUUCUUCCUCGGCUAUAUUCGAAGCCUCAUUAUUUCAAUCUUCCGAUUUCUAGGGCUUUCGGAUUUUCUCGAAUCCGCCAUCGUUUGCCCCCAAAAUCCUCCCUACAUCUUCCACGAUAGAUCCGUAUCGCCGCUCCUCAUCGACGAAUUCGUCCCCGUCGUCAAAUUCUCCGACAUUGUCGUCUCCACCAGAGCCGGAUUUCCGUCGGAAUGUUGCGCCGUUUGUCUCUGCGAGUUUCAGGACGAUGAAGAGCUUAGGUUUCUGAAGAAUUGCAAACACAUUUUUCACAAGAAAUGCUUGGACCGAUGGAUGAUUCGCGAUCAGAGAAGCUGUCCGCUCUGUAGAAACCUAAUCGUGCCGGAGGAGUCAAUUCCGCCGCUCAUGGAUUUUCCCGGCUGUUCUGAGUUUUUCGGCGACUAUAGUUAG